AUGUUGUUCUGCGUGCGUCACUUGAAUAUGGUGGUGCAGCAAUUCGAUAUCCAUCAAACCCUCAAAUCCGAAGCGUCUGUUUCAGUCACUGCAUCUCUUUCUCUUCUUCACCCCCACAACCGCAACGCUGUUCAACUCUUCAACUUCAAAUCUCUCUCACUAUCCACACAGCAAAAAGAUGCAUCAUCUCCCUCACCACUUUUACCGCUCCACACGAGAAGCCUAAGUCCCAUUUACAACAAAACUAAAACGACGCGUUUGAUUGAAUUGUAUUUGAAUCGUGGCAAGUUUGAGCUUGCGCGCCAUGUGUUCGAGGAGAGUCUUGACAGAGAUGUUAGUGUGUGGGGUGCUAUGAUUAAUGGUUUGGCUCGUAAUGGGUUGCCAAGUGAAGCAUUGGAGUACGUAAGGUUGAUGAUAGAAGAAGGAAUAAACCCGAAUUCGGAUUUAAUGACAGUUACGACUGUUACGGAAGUUAUGACAGUUAUUCUUCAUGCCAUUGGGGAAGUUCGUGCUAGGAGGCUAGGCAAGGAGGCACAUGCUGUUGUGGUGAAGACGAAUUCAUGCUAUGAGAACUUGUUGAUUCAGUCUGCAUUGUUUGAUAUGUAUUGCAAGUGUGGGGACAUUGGCUCUGGAAGCCGAGUUUUGUAUAGUUUGAUGUUGAGAAAUGGGGGUUGUUGGACUGGUGUGAUUUCUGGUGGGAGACUUGAGAUUGCGAUGAGGUCGAAGAUUCGGUUGAAAAGGUUCCGGCCUGGUGUUGUAACGGUUGCGAGUGUUCUUCCGGUUUGUGCGCGGUUGAGGGCUCUGAAACAAGGGAAGGAGAUUCAUGCUUAUGCCUUGAGACAUUGGUUUCUGCCUCAUGUGUCUAUAGUUUCUUCGUUGAUGGUGUUGUACUCCAAGUGUGGGGUGAUUGAGUAUUCAGUUAGAUUAUUUGAUGGUAUGGAACAAAGGAAAAGGAAUGUGAUUUUGUGGACAGCCAUGGUUGAUUCGUAUGUGGAAAAUGAACUUAUGGGUGAAGCACUUGGUGUCAUGAGGUUAAUGCAGUUGACAGAGCAUAGGCCAGACACAGUUACCAUGGCAAGGAUGCUGCGUGUUUGUGGCGAACUGAAACUUGUAAAGCUUGGGAAGGAGGUUCAUGGGCAGGUUUUGAAAAGGGAUUUUGCUUCAGUUCAUUAUGUUGCUGCUGAACUUAUUGAUAUGUAUGGGACUUGUGGAGUUGUUGAUAAGGCUAAGUUGGCAUUUAAUGUGGUGCCUGUUAAAGGUUCAAUGACAUGGACUGCUCUUAUAAGGGCCUAUGGAUAUAAAGAAUGGUAUCAAGGAGCAAUUGAGCUUUUUGAUCAGAUGAUAUCAAGUGAUUUUUCUCCAAACCAGUUCACUUUUGAAGCUGUUUUAUCUAUUUGUGAUAGAGCUGGUUUUGUUGAAGAUGCUUUUAGGAUCUUCAAUUUAAUGUCAAGAUAUAAAAUUAAAGCAUCCAAGGAACACUGCACUAUAAUGAUUCGACUUCUUACCCGCUAUGGUAAACUAGAUGAGGCUCAAAGAUUUGUAGAAAUGAGUUUUUCCUUAUAGCACAGGGCCAGAGGCAAUAGGACCUUCACCUGGGCCAGGGGCAAUAGGACCUUCACCUUCGAAUGAUUUAUAGUUGCUACUAUGACAACAAAUGGUGGAAGAACUCGUUUCUUCA